AUGACAAACGAUACCACUAGGGAUAGCCGCCAUACGGCCCUUGACGAUGGAUCAUUCACAGUAUCAGGAGCACAUGACAAAUAUGCACCUAGUCAGGCAGUCAAACUGGAGACAAUUGGCGAGGAAGCUCUUGCCAUUGAUCUUGUCAUUGAGAGGAGGGUGCUCCAGAAAAUCGAUCUCUUCUUGAUGCCAGCCAUGGUCAUAGGCUAUGGUUUGGUUUACUAUGAUAAGGCAAUUCUUGGCAGUGCUGCGUUAUUCGGAAUGACUGGUGACCUGCAUCUUUCAGUUGUCGAUACCUCUUUCACCCCGCCAAAGACCGACACAACACGACUAAGUUGGGCAACUUCGAUAUUCUACUUCGGUCAGCUGAUAGGUUUCACCGAGUCUGUCAUUCCAACAGCUUUCAUGACUACCGUCAGCGGCUAUUACACCCAAAGAGAACAAGCACUCCGCCAGAGUUGGUGGUUUUCCGGAACUGGCUGGUUCACCAUCAUUGGAAGCGCUCUCAACUACGGAUUUGCCCAAAUACAAGGAGGCGCGUUGACUCCAUGGCAGUACAUCUAUGUACUUGCUGGAGGCUUAACGUUCCUAUUUGGUAUUUGGUGUUUCUUCCUUCCCAACUCUCCCCUGACCGCCUGGUUUCUCACUCCGGAAGAGCGAGCUGUCGCAAUUGAGAGAUUGCGUCAGGGACAAACUGGAGUUAAGAAUCAAACCAUCAAGACUGCUCAGAUCAAGGAAGCACUACUGGACGUCAAGGUCUGGCUAGUCGCCUUGACCAUGGCCUCGGGGUAUACAGUCAACGGAGCUGUAUCUGGGUUCGGUCCCCUCAUCGUUUCGACAUUCGGAUACUCGGCUUUAGACAGCAUUCUUUUUCAAUUCCCGCUAGGUGCAAUUUGCGCCAUUGGUAUCCCCGUCGCUGGAUGGCUCUGCUCCAAAUACCGCAAUAUCCGGAUCCCAGUACUGAUAGGAUGCACUCUCCCAGUCAUUGCGGGCUUUGUUAUUAUAUGGAAGUCAGACUGGGGCCAUCGUCCCAUUGCCCCUGUUGUCGGAUACUCACUUAUUGGCUUCUUUGGGCCGGUCGUCAGCUUGACGGUCACCCUUGGGGCCAGCAAUGUUGCAGGAGAAACCAAGAAGAGCUUCAUGGCAUCUGCCGUAUUUGUCGCAUAUUGCGUUGGAAACAUAGUUGGGCCUCAGCUUGUGAAGAGCGAGACUAAACCCCAACAUUAUCCUCAGCUAUGGACGGGGUUGAUUAUUUGCUACUGCAUCACUAUUCUGUCUUCGUUGGGCCUCUAUGUUAUCCUCUAUAGAGAAAACAGGAGACGGGAUGCUCUCGGCCUAGACGAAAAUGAGCGGGAUAGACUCGCAUUCAAGGACUUGACCGAUAAGGAAAAUGAGCACUUUAGAUACGUUCUGUAG